CUUCGUGACGUCACGCAGUAUACCUCGCAGAACUGGAUUCUGUGGAGAAUUAUGGAAAUCUGUGCUACAAGAACGCACCUAUACUGCCGCGGAUCCUAGGAAUAUAUACAGAAGGAUAGGACAGUCAAUCUCGGGAUGCAGUUUGGUACUCAAUUACAGGCGCCAUUUGUGGAGCCCACUCAGUACUGAAUACAUUGCGGCGAUGCUGUGUGGCAGCGCCAGGAUAUACCGGUAUUUUUUUUAAUAACAAUACAAAAUAUCGUUAAUAUAAAGUGACUGACUGUUAUUUAUGCGAAUUAACGCUUGCUUAUGUCAAGAAACAUUUUGCCAGGGCGUGCGCGAAUAAGUUAAAAACAUUGCGAGUGCGCUGUGUUAAAGUGCUAUACGGGCUCCAGAAAAGAAAUGCUGCACUGUUUACUAACUCCGCCCACUUGUGACAUCAUUUUCCUAUCCUUCUUUAUAUAGUCCUAGCUCGGAUCCAGGAAGUACUGUAGAACUGUUGCAGAAGCUCGAGUUCCUCCAAUGCGCACUGUAUGUUGUAUAUUGUUGUGGUUUGUUCCUUUCUUUACGAAGACCAAUAGUGCCAGGUUGUAAGCAUUUGCAAUUCCGUAACUCAUCAUGGGUGUCUUUGAGAAGUGUGUGAUGGUUCUAGAACUGAAGACCUUACCGAUAAAGCAAAAGAACAAACUGAAGACUGAAAUAAAAGAAAAUGGGGGGAUCAUUUCUUAUGUGUUAGAUAAAAAGUGUACCCAUGUUAUUGUGAGUCAUAUGAAGGAUGUGAGCUCUCAUCGUCUAAAGAGCAUUCAGCAGUUCCAGAUCCCUGUUGUCAGUGUGGAAUAUGUUUCAAAAUGCAUUGAAGAGGGAAGACUUGUGGAUGAGGAUGCUUAUGCCCCUGCUGAGCAUCCAGAUGUAAUUCAGAAUACAAACUGCAAGAAUCCAGAAGGAGAGGAGAUCAGCCCACUUUCUGAAGCUUUUCCAGGUGAUGAUCAGGAAGAAACAGUGAAGAACAAAGACUCUCUGGACAAAUUCAGAAUUUAUAGUGGUCGUGAAGGAAGUCUGCCUCACUUUCCUUCAGUUUUUGAAGUUGCCAAAUAUUCUCUUUUUAACAAGGUCACUGCUGACAGUGAAGCCGGGGUUGUUGUAGAGCUACAAUGCUCCAUAGGAAACCCUGCGCUUCCUUUCUGUGUGUCUCGAUACUGGGGGGAGUGGAAUAACAGUAAGGUGAUGCAGAUGUGGAAAGACUUGAUAUUCGCCCCCACUUCAGAGGAAGCUGUAAAGGCCUAUGAGCUUUUUAUAAAGGAUCUUCAAGAUAAGGAUUUCCAGCAGCAGACAAAAUUGUCAACAGAACUGAAUCUUCUAGCUUCUGAGAAAGUUAAGAAGCUACUUCUUGAAGAAGCUCUGAGCAGCAGCAGCAUCUCCCAGGAAGUCACUGUUUUUGUGGAGUUGAUCUGGACCGAAGCCCUUGGUUGCUUUGAUGAUGUGCUUGCCAGUCCUGUCAAUAGCAUCAGUCCCAAUGAUGUGAGCAGGGCCGAAGGCAUUCUCCUGCAGGCACGGAAAGCCAUGGAUGAAGGAGUUGAUCAGAACGGGUUAAGAGGCAUCAUGUCCGAGUUCUACACAAUCCUGCAACAUAAACACAGGAUGGACUUCAACAUUACCAAGAAGAUGAUCUCUACAAAACUUGACCUCUGCCAGUUAAUUCGAGACAUUGUCAAUGCAAGUGAAGCCACUCUAUGGAGCCCCACACCGUCUUCGCUUGCUAAAUACCAGGCUCUGAGGUGCAGUGUGGAGCAUGUAGCCCCAAACACCGAAGAGUUUUCUACCAUUAAGGAGCUUCUAAUGCAUAGGAAUGAAAGUCUGACUUCAGUGAGGAUCCAUCAGAUAUUCCGCAUUGGCAGAGUGAAUGAGAUGUUAGACUUCCAGAGCCAGCUUGGCAAUGUCCAGCCACUGUUCCACGCCUCCUCUGCUAGCAGCUUCGUUGGUAUUCUGUCCAGGGGACUUCUUUUGCCAAAAGUUGCGGUUGAACAACAUGGCAUUGAUAGGACGGAUAUUGGUAACCUUGGAUGUGGCAUUUACUUCAGCAAUGCAUUGAGCACAAUUCUCAAGUAUUCAAAGCCUAGUGAAAGUGAUGGCACGCGGCUCCUGGUGGUUUGUGACAUCGCUCUCGGUGAGUGCAAGCACCUGCACAAGAAAGAUUUCACCUUGGCAUCUGCGCCAGCCGGGUACAGCAGUGUGCUCGGAGUGCGGCAGACUGCAGACGUUGCUUCGGAAUUCCAGGAUGAUGAGUAUGUCGUAUACAACCCUAGCCAGGUUCAAAUAAAGUAUGUUGUCCAGUUCUGUGUGGGAGAAGACCAGGUGAAGAGUUUUCAGCCCACUGUUAAUGUUACCAAUGAAGAAACCCCAGCAGGUCUGUCAGACCCCCCAGCAGUGACUGACGCCGAUUCCGAUGAGGAAUACACAAACCCUUUGGACUCUGUAACAGAGGGCCUCCAGGACAGCUCUGGGAAUAAGAUCCCCCUGAAAAGUGUUCAUGUGAAGGGCCGAAUGGUAGAUCUUUUAGCACAGAUUAUUGUCUUUCAAACAUACACAAAUCACAGUGUGGUUCCAAUAGAGGCCAAGUAUGUCUUUCCUUUGGAUGAAACAGCAGCUGUAUGUGGGUUUGAAGCUUUUAUUAAUGGAAAACAUGUAGUGGGUGAGGUGAAGGAAAAAGAGAAAGCAAGACAAGAGUACAGGCAGGCGAUUCAGGAGGGACACGGGGCCUACCUCAUGGAUCAAGAAGCACCAGAUGUUUUUACCAUUAGUGUUGGAAACCUUCCUCCAAGUGCCACUGUCCUGAUUAAAAUCACCUACGUGACUGAGCUUGCUAUUGAAUUUGGAUCUAUAGUCUUCCGGCUGCCUGGCAGUGUGGCACCAUGGCAACAGAGCAAAGCAUUGAAUGAGAGGACACAGGACACAGUAGAGAAGAUCUGUGUGAAUGACAUGGAGGAAACUGGUAGUGGAUUUGCCUUGGAUAUGUCGGUUGAAAUGCCACAUGAGAUCACAAGCAUUUGGUCUGGAACCCACAAAAUCAAAGUCAAGAAAACUCAAUGUAAAGCAGUUGUAAUCACGGAAGAGAACAGCUCUUUAGGACCGGGUGGAUUCAGCCUUACUAUUGACUUGUCUGAAGUGUACCUGCCCAGGAUGUGGGUUGAGAAGCACCCGGACAAAGACAGCCAGGCUUGCAUGUUGGUGUUUUGCCCAGAGUUUGCUUCUAGUAGUUUUAUAGAGGACUGUGAGGUUGUGAUUUUCUUGGACAGUUCCAAUUCCAUGAGGGGGGCAGUGCUGCAGGAAGCCAGAAAGAUUGCUCUACGGCUGCUGAAUUCACUGCAUUGCAAGCUCAAUGUUGUCAUAUUUGGUACAGAUUAUAAGGAAUUGUUCCCCUGUCCACAAGAUGAUGUCUUGGAAGCUGCAAAGCAGUUUAUAAUGUUUUCACCACCAUUAAUGGGCAACACUGAUCUUUGGAGACCUUUACGCAAUUUAAGCUUGCUGGCUCCUUCUAAAGGCGUCCGUAACAUCGUCUUAAUUUCGGACGGACACAUUCAGAGUGAGGGUUUGACCCUGCGGCUAGUGAAAGAGAACGCUCAUCAUACCAGGAUUUUCACUUGUGGAGUUGGCCAUACAGCAAAUCGACACAUGUUGAGGUCCUUGGCACAGUCUGGAGGUGGAGCUUAUGAGUUUUUUGACAUGAAAACAAAACACAACUGGAGAGAAAAGAUUGCCUUGCAGGUGAUACGGAUGGUCUCGCCGGGCUGCAGCUCUGUCUCUGUGAAGUGGCAGCAGUUCAACCCCAACGCCUCCCAGCCUGUCCAGGCCCCGGCACAGCUGCACUCUGUGUUUAGUGGCAAUCAGCUUCUCGUUUAUGGAUUUGUGCCUCACUGUACACAGGCCACUCUGUCUGGUGUGGUCAGCAAUCAGGAGAUUCAAACAAUGGUUUCAACCACCGAGCUCCAGAAGACUAAAGGCACAAUGCUUCACAAGCUCACGGCGAGAGCCAUCAUAAGAGAUUAUGAAUACGGAAAUCUUCAUACAGAUGAAACGGAACAUGAGGUAAGAAAAGCAGCACUGAAGUCCUUUGUCAUUGACCUCAGCAAGGAGUACUCCAUCGUGACUCAAUACACAAGCUUUGUAGCAAUUGAAAAAAGGGGUGAGAAUGAAACAACAGAAGGGAUUGAUGCAGUGACUACAGAUGAACGGAUUGCAGAGGAGGAUGUGGACUUUUUACCUUAUUUAACAUGGGAAAGAGCAGAGGACGACUUUGGCGAGUCCUUGGAAGAAGAAUUAUCCCUCUGUGGCAGCCAAAAUGUUCCCACAUCAGAUUAUAUGUGGAUAGAAGAAGGAGGAGAUGCUGUUGAACUUCAGACAAGUUUAUGGAGGGAUCCUAAACAUCACGAUGCCUUUGCGCAGCAAAGUUUCCCAGGCCUUGAACCCGUUCCCCAAGUACCGGAUGGUCUUCCAGUGCCGGUGAUCACCUAUCAAGCUGCCAGAUGUCUAAAGAUGCAUUCCUCUCCUCCUCCUCCUCCUCCUCCUCCUCCUUCUGCUCUCUACUCCAGCAAGACUAUUCCUGAAGGCUUUACGCAUUCUGCUGUUACAGGAAUAGAAAGAGCACAGAACACAGUUUCAGCUCCUGUAGUUUUCAGCUCCUAUAGUUCUAUAGGAGGACCUGCCUUGAAAAUGCCUGAACGCAGUGGCUAUACUCAACCUUUCUCAGGCUUUGGCUCUGGACAGCAACUUCCUUCAAAUUCCUCUUCAGAAUUUUCCAAGGGUGCUUUUGGGGUUGGUAGCGGCAGUGUUUUUGGUAAUACCUCUGCAGUUUCAGAUCCUGCAAAUGCAGCUUUUGCCAGCGCAUCAGGCUUUACAUUUGGCGAAAAUAGCAUCUUUAGUCAGCCAGCGAGUAAUUUUGCAUUCUCCAGUGGCAGGACCUUUGAACAGUCUCCCUGCAUUGAUUUAGGACUUGUAGAAUUUGAUAGCAGCAGUGAUCUUUGUCUGGGAAUCUCUAACAAGGCUGUUCCAGAAGAGUGCAGUUUAGCUAAAAGUAAAAGUAGAAGUAAAAAGUUAUCAUCGUUAACCUGCUUUAAGCAUUUGGUCUGUGAUGCUGAAAAUACCUCAUUGGCAAAUGAGUCUUUAUUACCUCCCAAAUUUGCUCCAAUCCUUGACACAGCUGAGAUGAACCAGCUACAAACAAAACUUCGAAAAGGAAAAAUGAGGCGCAAAGUAUCGGCAGGACAGCGAUCAGAAACCUUCCCCAUCAGAUGUUCAGAAACGAGGGAAGAUCUUGAUACCCCUUCAAGGAGCAGAGCCUCCUUGCUACCCUGGACACAGCUGUUUGACCUCCAGCAUCAGGAUGGCUACUGGCAGUUCAGUCCAGAGUUAGGCUCUCUACUACACAUGGAUGUGGAUUAUUUUGCGAAUGUCUUCCUCAAGGAAAAAGGGAUCCUGUCUUUAGGUGUCAAAUCAAGCGAAGAAAUAUUAAGGCUUGUUGCAACGAUGUUAGUACUGCAGCUAAUACGAUAUAUGGAGCAACUGGAAGGACUUAUUUUCAAGUCUCUCUUUCAACUAGAUGACACGGUACAUCAGAGAUCAGAACACUGGGGCUCGGUGAAAAAAGCAGUGGAUUGGGUAAAGGUGGCAGACUGGCGAUAUCCAUCCAUUUACUGGAGACUGGAGCUUGGAAGAGACUGGGAAUCAACCACACGGCAGCUGCUGUGUAUUGACCCAGUGAAGCAGAACUCUCCCCUGCAGCUGGUGCGCAUCACAUGUUUUAAACCUGGCUGCUUCCCAAAAGGUGGACUUAGUUAGCCUAUUUCCUGCCAAUGAAGAAGAGACAUUGUAUUAAUGCUUGGUCCUGAAUUUUUAGUGGGAAGCUCCCCCAGGACCAGGCAUUUUUUGGCUGUAGUUGACUCUUCCUAUAAAAACUCAGCCGCUUCUUGGAAAUGGUGUCCUUUUAUUCAGAACACUCUGGGGAACAUUACAAAAGUACUUCUCAAACCAUUCAAGCAUGUUGCUUUUUUUUUUUCAAUACUAUUAUAUCUAUGUAUUAUAUAUUCUGCUUAGAGAUACAUGUAUACAAAUGUGUUAUUCUAUGACCUGGGAGACAUUACAAUACUUCUGAAAGUUUUGUUAAAAUAUUGAUGUUUGGGCAGAUUACAAAACAUUGUUUCAGCCGAGUAAUUGUAAUGACAUACACGUUUAAAUUCUCAGGCUCUUUAAGCAUAAUAGACACUACUCACAAUUUAUUUUCUAAAAACAAAUGUUAGUUACUCACUUCAUUAUUAAUCAGUAAUGAGGAAAAGAAAACUUCCUUGAUACAUUUAGUUCAUGAAAUAGUAUAUGCUUAUAUCCACUUAUUUCUUGAUAUUUAUAAAUGUUGUAUAAACACACAGACGUGCUCAAAUUUGUUGGUACCCUUACAGGUCAUUGAAAUAAUGCUUCAUUCCUCCUGAAAAGUGAUGAAAUUAAAAGCUAUUUUAUCAUGUAUACUUGCAUGCCUUUGGUAUGUCAUAGAAUAAAGCAAAGGAGCUGUGAAAA